ACGUUUUUUGAAGUGGUUUUUAUACUUUCAUAAUUCUCCUAAAGUAAAAUAAUAUAAUGUAGUAUUGAAAUAAAACUGUGGUUGCUUCACGGAACCAUCUGCCUUUGGUUAAACCAGGAGCGAUGGUCUGCUUUCGGAUUUAUAGUUUCCUCUUUGGUCCCGAGCUGCCUCUCAUUAAAGGGAACACUGGUUGCCUGAACAGUCUCACUUGCAACCAUGAUGCCUAAACAUUGCUUUCUAGGCUUCCUCAUCAGUUUCUUCCUGACUGGUGUAGCAGGAACUCAGCCGGCCCAUGAGUCUCUGAAGCCUCAGAGGGUACGAUUUCAGUCCCAAAAUUUUCACAACAUUUUGCAAUGGCAGCCUGGGAGGGUGCUUACCGGCAACAGCAGUGUCUAUUUUGUGCAGUACAAAAUGUAUGGACAGAGACAAUGGAAAAAUAAAGAGGACUGUUGGGGUAUUCAAGAACUCUUUUGUGACCUUACCAAUGAAACCUUAGACAUACAGGAACCUUAUUACGGGAGAGUGAGAGCGGUCUCUGCUGGGAGCUAUUCAGACUGGAGCCUGACGCCACGAUUCACUCCCUGGUGGGAAACAAAAAUAGAUCCUCCAGUUAUGAAUAUAACUCAAGUCAAUGGAUCGUUGUUGGUAAUUCUCCAUGCUCCAAAUUUACCAUAUAGAUACCAAAAGGAAAAAAAUGUAUCUAUAGAAGAUUACUAUGAAUUAGUAUACCGAGUUUUUAUAAUUAACAAUUCACUAGAAAAGGAGAAAAAGGUUUAUGAAGGGACUCACAGAGUUGUUGAAAUCGAAGCUCUAACACCACACUCCAGCUACUGUGUAGUGGCUGAAAUAUAUCAGCCCAUGUUAGGCAGAAGUCAGAGAAGUGAAGAGAGAUGUGUGGAGACUCCAUGACUUGUGGGCACUCAACAAUGUGGAAAUGCUCAAGCUCCCUGAGAAUGGGAUGACUCAUGUUUGAAGGAUCUUAUUUAAAGUUGUUUUGUAUUUUCUUAAAGCAAUAUUCACUGUUACACCUUGGGGACUUCUUCGUUUAUCCAUUCUUUCAUCCUUUAUAUUUCAUUUAUAAACUAUAUUCGACCAAUAUUCUCUCCAAAAAUCAAAAUUUAAAAGACGAGGCAGAGAAUAAACGGUUCUAUGAAAUUCGGAACUUUAUUUCUGAAUGUAACAUCCCUGAUAACAACUUUCAUUCUUCUAAGACAGCAAAAUAAAAAUUUAACAACCAAGGAAUAGUAUUUAAGAAAAUGUUGAAAUAAUUUUUUGAAAAUAGCGUUAUAGACUGAGGCAGUCCCGAAGCAAUCGUUUUUCACUCUCUUAUUGAGCCAGUUAAAUUGGCAUUGUUAUACCAAUUUAAAAUUUCUAUAUGGAUGAAUAUUUUUCACAUAUUUCUAUUUUCUAUGAAUAUACUUUUUAAAUAUGUAUUUCUUAUUAAAUAUUUCUACUAAAUGAAUCAAAAUUUUGUUUCAAAUUCUAUUCUCUUUAAAUAAGAACAGGUUUUUGGCUAAAAAUAUCUCAUGAUUUCUGGAUUGAUAGCUGAAUUAAGACUAUCAACAAUAAGGAAGUCUACUCAACGCAAUUGUCCCUCAUUUAAAACAUACAUUAAAAUUUUCUUUUCUAUUUUUGCUUUGUUUAGUUUUUAAUCCUGUCUUAGAAGAAUUUAUCUUUAUUCUCAAAAUUAAAUGUAAUACUUUUUAGCGACAAAGAAGAAAAGAAACCCCAUUACUCAACCCUUCUGGCCAAGACUAUCUUGCUUGUGGUGCCUUCCUCGUCUCUACAUAGGAGGAUCCCAUGAAUGGUGGUUUAUUGGGAACUGCCGGAGUCUAAGCAGAGAACUCAGCUUGAAGCUGGAAACAUACAGGGGUAGCAGGAGAAGAACUGCUGUUGGUAGACGCCUACAAAGACUAUAGAGCGAGACAAAGCCCUCCAAACUGGCCCCUCCUGCCCAUCUGCCUCUCCUGAGUAGCAAUCUGGUGGCCUAAGGCUCAGCGUGAUCAACAGAAAGCCGCCUUCUUCACUUGAGACUUAGUCGUUAUCUAUGUUUAAGGUUGUCUUUCUAGUGCGGAGAUACAUAUCAGAGAACAUUUAUACAAUUCCCCUUGAAAAUUGCUCCAAAGUGUGAUAACAAUAUAGUUGGUGCUUCCAGUUAUAUACAGGUACUCAGUGAUGAAUGGAUUAAAAAAUGUUCAGAAAUGUAUUGGUGGGGGAGGGAAGGAGAGGCAGAGGAGCAAGAGCUAGAGAACUGGUUUCCUUGCUUCACUAUACGGUCAGAAAACAUUGAUUUGAGCAUAGAUGCGGAGACUGAAAAAAAAUUUACUUUGAUCUCUGUUUUUGAAUUCGAAUUAUUUAUGUUUUACUUACUACCUUUUUUUGCCUUUUGUGGGGAGGGUGAUGAAUCAAGAGCAGUGGGGUGGGUGGGGAGUAAGUAAAAUUUCAAACAGUAUUUUAGUGAAUGCAAUUCAGGAGUCCUGAAACCUGACUUAAAAAAAAAAAAUUAAUGUACAAUUUUUUCAUGAAAGUGAUUAGAUAACAUCAGGUUUUGUUCGUAUGUUGUUUGCCUUGCUCUGGUUUUGCUUUUGUGCUUAGGCAAGUACAAAAUACUCUGUGAAAAUCAUAAUUGUCAUCUUCUUCCUUGUGUUGAGGGUAUAUUUUCACACUAUUUCAAUAAAUCCUUUAAUUUUUUGCUUU